AUGGCAGGUCCAAUGAGACCUCAAAUUGUUCUAUUUGGCUCUUCUAUAAUUCAGAUGAGUUUUGAUAAUGGUGGUUGGGGUGCUAUUCUAGCUAAUUUGUAUGCUAGAAAGGCAGAUAUAGUGUUGCGGGGAUAUUCAGGUUGGAAUUCAAGACGUGCUUUGGAAGUUCUUGAUGAAGUUUUCCCAAAGGAUGCUUAUGUGCAACCAUCAUUGGUAAUUAUCUAUUUUGGUGGAAAUGAUUCUAUUCACCCUCACCCAUCUGGUCUUGGUCCUCAUGUCCCUCUUGAAGAAUACGUUGAAAACAUGAGGAAAAUUGCUAACUAUCUUAAGAGCCUCUCAGAUCAUAUCCGCCUCAUAUUUCUCACAUCCCCUCCCAUCAGUGAAGUACAAAUCAGGAAAAAACUCAGUGCAACACAGUCUGGAAGAACCAAUGAACAUUGUGGAAUAUAUGCAAAGGCAUUGGUGGAGCUAUGUGAUGAAAUGAACUUAAAAGUCAUUAAUCUUUGGUCUGCAAUCCAGCAAAGGGAGGACUGGUUAGAUGUUUGCUUUACGGAUGGAGUGCAUUUAUCAGGUGAGGGAAGCCAGGUAGUUUUGAAGGAAAUAUUAAGGGUUCUUAGAGAAGCAGAUUGGAAACCUAGUUUGCAUUGGAUGUCACUACCAACUGAAUUUGCUGAAGAUUCACCAUACUAUCCUCCAAGUCCAGACGGAACCACCACUAUAAAUGUCUCCUACAGUAUUCCACGAAGGCAUUUGCAAUGGGAUCUAUAG